AGUCAGAGACUCGUCCUAUAUAGGUUUCACACCCUAAAUAAGAGACUAAGAGUAAAUUAAUGAAAUGAUACAUUUUUGAAAUAGAGUUACAGGUGCUUGAUUGAAAUUAAAGUCUAGUUAUUUCACUAUUUGUGCACAGCAAAAAUGAGUUUCAAUCCAGAUAAUGAGAUGGAGGAACCCCUAACAUUUGGUUCAUCAAUUGCAGUGCCUAAUGUUCAAGAAAUGGUGAAGAACAACCCUUUGGAGGUUCCACAAAGAUACAUAAGGAGCACUGAAGAGAUGGAGAAAGUCAACUAUUUGACUCACCUUUCAUCUCAAAUCCCUGUCCUUGAUUUUGCACUUCUCUCUUCUGGAAACUCUCUGGAGCUUUUGAAACUGGACAAAGCAUGCAAGGACUGGGGCUUCUUUCAACUAGUAAACCAUGGAAUCGAAAAGGAAGUGCUGCAAAGAAUGAAGGAAGCAACAACUAAAUUUUUCGAUCUUCCAAUAGAGGAGAAGGAAAAGUAUGCAAUGCCCCCAAACGAUGUACAUGGUUAUGGACAUGCUUAUGUGGUUUCUGAGGAUCAGAUACUUGAUUGGUCAGAUUUAAUGUUUUUGCUCAUAUACCCAACUCGGUGUAGGAGACUUCAGUGUUGGCCAAAAACUCCUAAGGGAUUCAAUGAGAUAAUAGAGGCAUAUUCAAGGGAAGUUAAUAGAGUGAGUCGAGAACUGCUGAGUACUUUGUCUGCGAUUAUGGGGAUGGAGAAUCAUGUUCUUCAUGAACUACACAAAGAAAUAAUUCAAGGCUUACGUAUGAACUAUUACCCUCCUUGUAUCACACCAGAAAAUGUAUUGGGUGUGAGUCCACACUCUGAUUCAGGCACCAUAACAUUGCUUCUGCAAAAUGAUGAUGUUUGCGGCUUAGAAAUUCGACACAAGGGAGGAUGGGUACCUGUCGUUCCAAAAUCAGAUGCUCUAGUUGUCAAUGUUGGAGAUAUCUUAGAGAUAUGGAGUAAUGGGAAAUACAAGAGCAUUGAACACAGAGUAGUGACAAAUAAGAAUAGAGAAAGGAUUUCAUAUGCAACAUUUAUCUCCCCAUGGGAUGAUGUGGAGGUUGAGCCUCUUGAUCAUAUGGUAGAUGCUGAAAAUCCCAAGUUGUACAAGAAAGUCAUAUUUGGAGAAUAUCUUAGACAAUCCUUACAAAGAAAAAUGGAAGGCAAAGCACACACUGAUGUCGCAAGAAUUAAAUGAAUAAGAGUAAAGUGAAAUAGUAAUAUGUACAAGAAAUAGACAGUUCUACGUUGUGUUUUUUUUUUAAAGCUGUUUUUCCAUGUUGUUUGAAUAAUUGAUUUUGUUUUUGACCAAGGAUAUGUGAGUGUGUGUUUGAACAAGCCCUUCUAAGUUGAAAUAGCUAAUGAAAAAUUUUUGGAUCAGUAAUUUUUAA